UGUGCAGUGCGAGGUGCAUGUGACGAAGACCACACUAAUGUAACAAAAGUACCGUUUACUGACUUCCAGCAGAAAAUAUCGGAAAAUGUUAAAACGCUGUGGUAUGAACACUGGAGGUCUAUAAGUCAAGAAAAAGGGAAAUGGUAUACAAAGAUACAGAAUACCCCGCCACAUGUACCUUGGUAUAACAAAUUUAAAGAAGCUAAUUCCAGACAAUUCAUUACCACCAUUAAUAGAUUGAGAUUCGGUCAUUGUAGAAUUCCUGCUCAUUUGUUUAAACUACGUUUAGCAACGGACAAAAACUGUCAAUUUUGUGUCAAUGAGGUCGCUGAUCUGAAACAUAUUGUAAUGAAAUGUCAUAAAUUUAAUAUAAAUAGAUUAAUUUUAGUGUCUGAGCUGGAUGAUGCUUGUAAGGGUGACUCGCCUUUACAAACAGGCGUAAGGAUGGACUUAGAAGAAAUUUUAUCAAACCCGUUGUAUUUUAAACCAAUUUAUAGAUAUAUUGUUAACACAAUAGGAAAUGUUUAAUAACUACUUGUAAAUUUUUACGUAUUCCAUGCGUGAAAAUUAAUUUAAGAUAGGCUAUAAGGUCUUGUAACCAUUGGCCGUAAAUAAAUUAAAAAAAAAAAAAAAAUCUAACUAAAAUCAACACUCAGCAUUCAUUCAAUCAACACAAAAUAAAAUCACUAGGUAUCGUUUUGGACUUCUCGGGUGUUGUUUAAUUUUUUAAUUACUUACAAUGGUAGUUUAGUGUUUUUGUUUUGUGAAUUGAAUUCAUUAGCGCCUUACAGACCGGGAAGUGAUUUAAAAGCUAUCUAUAAUCAGAAUGUAGCACAUAGUCAAGUUCCUCAAUCCGUAACAUACAAAUAAUUAUUGAUCUUAAAAUUUGAAAGACUGUAAAUAAAAUCUGAAUCAUGUCCGUGGUUAAGGGAAAAUUAGUGAAAAUGGAAGUUAUCCAAGUCGGUGAUUACGAGUUCACUAAACAAGAUAUAAUUGGACAUGGUGCUUUUGCGAUGGUCUACAAAGGAAGGAAGAGAAAGAAUCCGUCCCAGUCUGUUGCGGUGAAGGUGGUCACAAAGAAAGGCAUCCAGAAAGCGUCAGAGAUACUCGUGAAAGAGAUUAAGAUACUACGUGAAUUGACAGCUCUGCAACACAAAAACCUGGUCGCGAUGCACGACUGCAUGGACAGCCCCGCCUAUGUCUAUGUUGUCAUGGAGUACUGCAAUGGAGGCGACCUAGCGGAUUAUCUUCAAACGAACCGGCUGCUCAGCGAGACCACGAUCCAGUUGUUCUUAGCGCAGCUUGCAGAAGCGAUGAGCGCCAUCCACGCGAAGGGCAUCGUCCACCGUGACUUGAAGCCGCAAAACAUACUCCUCACUCAUUCUAUCCUACCGCCUCGUACUCCACACCCAUCAGAUAUAACACUCAAAAUUGCUGACUUCGGAUUCGCAAGGUUCCUGGAAGAAGGAAAUAUGGCCGUUACGCUCUGCGGCUCCCCAAUGUACAUGGCUCCAGAAGUCAUAAUGUCCCUGAAAUACGACGCCAAAGCAGACCUGUGGAGCCUCGGCACAAUAGUCUACCAGUGCCUUACCGGGAAGGCUCCCUUCCAAGCCACCACGCCACACGAACUGAAAGCUUUCUAUGAAAAUAGCGUCGAUCUUCAGCCCAAAAUCCCACCAGGAACGAGUCCAGAACUGUGCAGCUUAUUGAUUGGCCUACUUCGACGAAACCCUCGAGAACGCAUGUCAUUCGAAAUGUUCUUCAAUCAUCCCUUUCUUCAACGAUCGCGCAACACAAACGUCCCCAAGAUGGGAUCGUGUGCGGGUCCGUCCGUGGUGGCGAACCGAGCGCCCCCCUCCCGCGCCACCCCGCCCGCGCCCCUGCCCCUAGCCUUACCCACUGCCAAGAAAACACAGCCAACAUCCUCCGAUUCGUCGGAGGUUGGUUGGGCGGGUGAAGAGGACUUUGUGUUGGUGGAGGCGACGGAGAGCGGGUCCGCAGAGUGCUCGGCCGCCUCCUCCGGCUCGGAGGCAGCGUCCAGACCCCGCUCCCUGGCGCUCCCCGCGCCCCCCGCACCCGCCUCCCCUUGCACACCUACCGCGAGCCCACUGACCGCGGCCACUAACACUACUGUACCGCGAUCUCAGCCCAUCGACGUGCGCCGAACGACCUACAGCCGCAACGCCACGAACAUCGGCUCGCUCUCGCCGCCCACUAUGCCGUUCGCGAUGGGCACGCCGCCGUCGACGCGGCGUCGCAGCAGCAACAGCGGCAGCUCCCCGCCGCCGCAGCUGUGGCAGGUGUCGCCCACCAACGCGAGCCCGCUGCGCAGGUCCGGCUGGCCGGCCGCAGGCUCGUCCCCGCCCAGUGCGCUGGCGCUGCGUGCGAGCGGGGAGUGCGGGGGCGGCGCGGGGGGCGCGCUCGGCGACGUGCUGCGCGGCAUGAAGCCCGACCCGCCCGUCUACAUACCCAACCUGCAGGAGGAGACCAUACUCGCGGAGGAACACAGCAAAGUGUCAUCACAACUUAACUUCGUUCUGAUGUUGGCCGAACUGCUGUCGGACUUGGCCGUUUCUUGCGGAGCUCCCAUCGCAGCCCUGAUGGAUACGUCCGAUGAGCGUUGCAACGAGAGCGUCCGGCUGGGGCUGUUGGUGCAGGCCAUGCAGGCGCUCGCAGCGGGCCUGCGCCUGGCCGCCACGCACUACCGCGCGCGCACGCUGCAGCCCACGCCGCAAGUGCGCAGCGUUGUAUCCCUGAUGAACGGUAAAUACAAAUGGAUCGUCAACGAGUCGAAGCGACUGCACGAAGCGGGAGUGACGCCAGCCGUCUGCGAUAAAAUACUAUACGAGCACGCUAUUGAACUGUGUCAGAUGGCGGCCAUCGAGGAACUGUUCGGCGACACGAAGGAGUGCGAGCGCCGCUACAUAUCGGCCCAGGUGCUGCUGCACUCGCUCGUGCAGAGACACCCGCUGCAUCCACACCACCGGACCACGCUCUCCAAAUAUCGAGACGCAGUACAACGUAGACUAAACUGUCUCAAAGGUGUUCGCAAAAUAAUGGAUGUCAAAAUUGAAGCCGGGAUCUCAUAAUGCAAAUACGGCUUCACAUAUUAUUGUGGACACAUAAGGAGCAACACGAGAAGUGAUUUUAUUUUGUACUCGCGAAAUGACUAUGUGAAGAAAAACAAAAAAAAGUAAAAGUGAAAAAAAAUAAACAUUUUUAUCAAUGAACGAAACGUGACACGGUACAGAAAAUAAUACAAUAGAGAAUUAUUUUAUUAAGUUCCGUAGAAUUAGUGAGACAAUCCUUAUUUACGUCGUAAGACUUGAUUUUAGUAAACGCUUUACGAUUGAUUGUGGCUUUUAGAUGUGUGUUUUUUAAAACCAUCUGUACUGACAUGGUUGUAACAUUUUUAAUUACAUUUAAAAUUUAAUUGUAGACACAGCAUUACUACACUGCACAUGAUUGUAUUGCCAAUAUUGAAAGGCGUCUACUGGACUUGAAAAAAAAGUAAAAAAUAAAAAAAAUUCAAUCUAAAUAGGAUUGAAAGUUGAUCAGUGUGUCUCGCAUUAACAUUAUACGGUUAUUGACCUGUAGUAAAUUUACAUUCUAAGAAUCUGAUGAUUAAUCUCAACGCGAAUCGUGGAAAAAACAGUCGAGCAAUAUCAAAAUGGCAUUUUUAUGUUUAAGCUCUAUUGAAUUAAAGUAUUGCCUGAGACAUGUUAAGCAUCGUGAUCACGAUUUUCCAAAACGUUGAAUUAGAUUUAGUUUGCCAAAAUUAUCAUUUUAUUUUAUGUGUACGAUCCAUAAAACUUAUUGCUUUACUGAAAUAAGAAUAAAGACUGUUGUAUUAUAAAAAAUAAUUUGUUUUAAUAAAUACUUAUUUUACACCACCA